CAUGCGCUUCUAAAACAGCUGAUUACCCCGUGUGCUGGAAUUCAUUUAUCGGUUGCAUAUAUUUUUUCAACCAAAAGGAGGAAAAAAAAAAAUAUGAUUUUCUUAUUACAAAAUACAAUUUUACACAUAAAUAAAAUUAAGUGUCGUAUAUUUUUCUCUCAUUUCUCGUGAAUUACGUAUAAUUAAAAAUAUGACGAAAUUUUAUUGGAGUUUUGUUUGUAAAAUAGUGGUGUAUUGAGAAUUCACAGUGACACCACGUCAGUUAUUUACGGAAAUGUUAAUCGUUGACUUGAAUGAAUUUAAAAGAAAUAGAAAUAAGCUUCAAGAAUUUCGCGCGCACUUAUUUAUUAAAUUCUUUGAGAAUGGUGAAAUGACAUUUGUGACAAGAAAAUGAAGUUUUGUGUAACUUAUGUGUAUUGGACUCUUCUGUUAAUAUCCGUCAUAUCGAGUGGUGUCCUGUUUUUAAUAGUAGCAUCAGAAGGAGUAAAUAUUGAAGAUUCUUCAUUAAACAAUGAUGAAAGUUAUAAAGUCACUAAUAACUUUACAAAUAAGGAAUCUAAAGAUGUAUUGUCAGAGAGAAACAAUCCUUUUGUUUCCGACGUAAAAAUAUCUUCAUCUAUAAAGACUGACGAUGUAGAUAAUGUUGAGCAGAAAAAGAAGAAACUAGUACCAAAUGAUUUUCAAGUUCCUCUUGGAAAUGAAGAACCUAAGAAAGUCGAGGAAAUUGAAGUACUUGCUGAGAGUUUGACGCAACAACCGAAUUUAUCUCAAGGAAUAUCUGAAUCCGGUCAGUCGGUGGUACUGACAUUAGUCGAUACUGCAGCAUCUGAACUGCAAAGUUUGGCUGAUCCAAAAAUCGUCUCGGAAUUUAGAGCGAGAUCUUUAUCUAAUAAUUUAUCAUUAAGUAAUACACCAAUUAGAAAGGAAGAAGAAAAAGAAAAAAAUUUCGACAGCGUCACUGACACAAAAUCAGAAAUUGUGAUAACAACUGAGAGAAUUAAUGAUAGUGUAAUUGUUGAUAAUAAUAAUAAUAAUAUUAAUAAUAAUAAUAAUAAUAUCAGUAUCACCGAGACUAAAGAAACAAAAACGCUUGAUGAUGAUAAUGAUGCCGAAACAGUAGUUAUUGUUAGAGCUGAGAAAAAAACGGUUGUCGAGGAAAUAAAAAUUGAUGAUGAGAAUUUAAAAAUUGAAGAUGAAAUUCUCACGAAAGACGAAUUAUUACAGGACGUUGAAUUUAAUCAAGUUUCAGAAUUAAAUGAAAUAACAAUUAAAUCACAAUUAGUUGGUAAUGAUGAUUCACCAUCAGUUGCUCCCGAUGGUAUUGUCACACCAGGAUCAUCUGACACGCAAGAGGACAUGCCAUCGUUUAUUGAAUGGUCACAAAAACAAUUGGAGGAAGACGAGAAAAAGAAAACACAUCCAAAUGUUUCGGUACAAACUCCUGGCAGUCCAGGAAAAAGCGUCGGUGGAAUGAAAAUGCGCUCGAAAAAUUAUGCCUCACCAGAUUGUGGAGCGAAAAUUAUUGCUGCAAAUCAUGAAUCACAAAGUGCUCGUAAUGUUCUUGUUUCAACGCGCGACGAAUAUAUGUUAAACAAAUGUACAUCACGAAUUUGGUUCAUUGUUGAACUUUGCGAAGCAAUUCAAGCGAAGAAAAUUGAAUUGGCCAACUUUGAAUUAUUUAGUUCCUCACCUAAAGAAUUUUCCGUGUUUGUCAAUGAUCGUUAUCCAACACGAGAAUGGAGUUCAGUUGGUCAUUUUACUGCAAAAGAUGAGCGUGACAUUCAAAGUUUUGUUCUACAACCACAAUUAUUUGGAAAAUUUAUUAAAAUUGAACUUCAUUCACAUUAUGGAUCGGAGCAUUUUUGUCCAAUUUCACUUUUUCGUGCUUAUGGUACCAGUGAAUUUGAGGUACUUGAAACAGAGACUGAGGUACAAACAUCAAAUUCAGAAGACGAUGACAAUGACAAUGAAAAUGGUGAAGAACUUUUAGAAGUAGAAGGCGGUGAAUCGACGAGAAAUUUAUUUGGCAGUGCAAGAGACGCUGUUUUAAGUAUCGUUCGAAAAGCAGCUGAAGUUCUUGUUAAAACAGGUGACAUGAGUCGAAAUAAUAUAACAAAAAUUCAAGAAAGCAUUAGAGGUGAUUUGUUUCAAAGUUCAUUUGCCAGUUGUACAACACCGAGAUAUGCGAUUGUUUGUAAAAAUUGUUCAGACGAUAGAUUUGCAAGAGUUUUUCAAUUAUUGAGCUGUAGGCAUCGUUACUUAAAUUCUUUGCUAGAGACAAAUUUAAUAAAAAAUUCUUUACCCAAUAGUCAUCUUUGUUGGGCACACAGUGGAAAAUCAUCCGACGAAGAUGGAAAUUCCUGUAAGGCAAGAGAUCUUCAAGCAACAUUUCUUGCAUCCGUUCUUACACCCGAUUAUCUCGUUGCUCUAUGCAAUGUUCUUGCCGCAAAGGACGGAAAAGUUGUUCUCAAUUCAAGCGAUGAAAUUGCACCAAUUCCUGACAAUGGAACAUUAAAGGAAGAAAUUCCCGGCACCAAGGAAGAGAAACGUGAUUUUUCAAUUGACAAUCUACAACCAACGUCUCCUUGUUCAACUGACAUUAAUUCUCCAUCGUCAUCGUGCAAACCAACAAUCAAUAUUCAAGAAUCACGUCGUGAUAAUUUACCAAAAGAAACUGAUUCAAUUUCACCGUCAAUUGUACCCACAAUAACAAAAAAUCAAGUACCAAAUGAUAUUAUUACCACACAAAUUAAACCAACAAAAACAUUGAGUAAUGAAGAAACAAAAAAAGAAUCAAUUAUUGUACCUAUUUUGGAACCAAGUAAAGAUCAAAUCGAUGAUUUGAAGCAACAGGAAAUUGUCACAACUACCAUUGCAUCGCCAACUGUUACAAGUCCAAUAACAAAAAUACAAGAAAAUUUAUCAAUUGAAUCGAAAAUUGACAAUACGAUUCAUAAUUCAUUGGGUAAUAAUGAAGGUGAAAAAUUGGAUGUUGAUGAUAAAGAAAAUGCACAGAAAAUUCAAGAAAUUGUCAAUAAAUCAGGUGAUGUAAAAAUUGAUGGACAAGAACAAAAUAAAUUAGAUUUAGGUGAGGAUGCUAAAAUUUUAUCGCAAGAGCAAAUGAAUUUCGAUAGUCUUCUGUCAGAUUUUAAAGAAUUCGAGGGCGAAUCUGUAAAUAAUGGACAAGGUGGAAGUGCUUCUGCUGCUCAACCUACGGCUAGCUCAACGCCACAGCAAAAAGAAUCUGUUUUCCUGAGACUCUCUAACAGGAUUAAGGCUCUCGAGCGUAAUAUGUCAUUAAGUGGUCAAUAUUUAGAAGAAUUAAGUCGAAGAUAUAAAAAACAAGUGGAGGAAAUGCAACGUUCCCUUGAACGUGCAACAUUGGCAAUGAGUGAAGAAUCUCGUAAAGGUGAAGAACGUGAUUUAAAAAGAAUGGAAGAAAUUACAGCACUUCGCGAAGUGAUUAAAAGUCUUUCAAUAUCGGUCGAGAGUCUUGUUUAUGAUCGAGAUAGUUGGCAAAGUAAAUUAUAUUAUCUCGGUGAACAUGUCAUUCUCAUCUGUAUAAAUGUCAUUAUUGUCAGUUUUAUUAUUUCAUAUUAUCGAAGAACAAUUGAUUUUGAUGUUGACGAUGAUGAUGAUAGAGAAAUAAAUGUAUUUCAAGAAAAUAAUAAAGUUACACGUCGAAAACCGACGGAUUUUCUUAGGGAAAAAACGGUUUUGCCGAAAAAAUCGAAAAAACGAAGACCAAGUGAAAUUGCCAAUAAUAUUGCUGGUACAUAUGAAGAAUUAAUGAUAGAAGAUCAAAGAUUAAAUUCAAGAAAAGAGAAGAAAAGAAAACGAAAGAAGGAGACAACAUUUAAAACAAUGAAUGGCGACACUAAAAGCAAUAUUGUACGUUACAAAGAAGUUUUUAGUGGUACAUCAAAUAAUUUACGAACAUUUUCGAAUGAUGUUCCAAAGCAAUUUGUAAAUUUAAAUGAUAAUAGAUCUGAUAGGGAAAAUUAUGGAGAUUUGAUUAAUGAAAAUCUUAGCGGUAGAAUUGAAAUUCUAUCAACAAACGAAAAAUCAGGUGGUAGUGAUGAAAAUUCUUUGAUUCCAAAUGAAAUUCAUAAAAAUAUGUCCAGUAAUGAAGAUGAAGAAGAACCAGUGAAAAAGGGAUUGAAAACUGAAAUUUUCAAAUCGAAAUUAUCAUCACCAUCGUUUAUGAAAACGGCACUUGGAUCGCGUAGUAAACGAAAAACGGAAAAUUGGGAUAAAAAUAAAUUUAGCAAUUCUAGUCUUCAAAUUACAACUGAUGGACAUUUGAAUGGUUCAACGGCAAAUGGUUAUGCAGAUGAGAGUGACAGAAGUAGUAGUGCAACGCCAACUUCGGAAAAGAAAGAAAAAAAAAGUACUGGCUUGAGGAAAAUGAUAUUCGUAAUUUCUUGGAAAUUUAACUGUGUUUUGGUUUUUUUUUUUGGCUUAUUGAAUAUUUCAGGAGAAUCAAAAUUUGAAAGAGGAGAGGAUACAAAAAUGGAGAAUAAUUAACAAUGGGAUUUAAAAGAAAAUUAUUGUAAGAUCUUGAUCGAUAUAAAUUCAGUUCACAAUAUUAUAUUGUGCAAAUUUUUUAUUUCGUGUUUUUCAAAAUGUUUUAUUUAAAUAUUUUAAUAUAUUUUUAAAAUAUAAAAAUAUUUUAAUAUAUUUUAAAUAGUUCUAAAGUUACUUUUUAGAAAUUAUUUUAAACUAUUUUACAGUUAUUUUUUUGGUAACUAUUUUAAACACGAAGUAAAAUAAAAUUGUGUAUGUAUGUGUGCGUGAAAAAAAAAAUGUGGAAAAUUUCUCACCCAAAUUGACUAGAUAUAUAAAAAUGAUUGUAGAUAAAUUUUAGAGUAGGUAGGAUAUCAAAUUAACUCAAUGGCGAUGACUAAUUAUUAAAUAACAAUUGAAAAUUAGAAUAAGAGAAUGAUCUUUGCACAAUAUAAAUAUAUAAAGAUCAUUCUCAUUUGUAAUUGUAUAUUUUAGUUUUAUUUAAAUUACCAAAGAGAGUUUUUUGUUUUGAAUAAAGACAACAAUAAAUUGUUUUACUGAAUCUCGAAAAAUUCUAGAAAUUUUUUUUUUUUGAAGAUUGUUUAAUUUCUUUAAACAAAAAAAAAAUUUCGGAAUUAUAAUUUUCGAUUUGUUAAUAUUUAUAAUAAUGAUUAAAUAUACUUAAUUAUUUAAUAAUUAUUUGACACUUAAUUUGUAUCAUGAACGCACAAUGUGUUUUUUUCCCAGUUAUUGAAAUUAAAUAUUAAUUUUUAAAUUAGACAUUUUUUUUUUUUUUAAUUCAGAACUGAUCUUUAGGGGAAAAAAAUUUAAUUCUUUUGUUUGGUCCUUUAGAAAAUAGAUACUAGUCAAUUCUUCUUUAAAGAUAUUUGAUAUUCGACUUUUUAUAAUAGAAUUUUUUUUUCUCAAAAUGAAAAUUUAAUUUAGUUUCUUUUUUUUCAAACGAAAGAAUGAAAAUGUGAAGAGUAAACCUUGCCUGAAUUAAAUGUCGUAGUUUGCAGUAAUGCUCUCUGUGAUAAUUUGCUCCAUAAAAUGCAAAUGAAAAAUAAAAAAAAAAUUUAAGGAAUAGGAGCGAUUAUAUAUGAAUACUUAAAUUCUGCAUGAAGGGCGUUCUAUUAUUUACGAUUAAUGUGCAUUUAUUAAUAACUUUUUUUUUAUGUAAUUCAAUUUUUGAGUCGUGUGUAGUUUUUGAAAUUUUUUUAUUUUUUUCUAUAUUUAUCUCAAGUUUACCAAUUUUAUUUUGUUUUUAGCAAAUGUACUUAUUUUUUAUUUAGUGUGUAUAUACAAUACAAUACACUGCAUCUAAAAUAUUUAUUUGCAAAAAAUAAAAUUGAAAAUUUACUUUUCCAUUAUUUUUUUUUUCUCUCUUAAAACGAAAUUGAGUCGUAGCAUUCAGAAAAUUAAAGGUCAAUUUUUAUCAGCAACAGUCUUUGGCAAAAAUUGAAUGACUGAGAAAUGAAAAAGAUAAAAUUAUAUUUUAUAUAUUAUUAUUAAUUUUUUCAUUAAAGUAUAACAUUUUUGUUUAGUAAAAAAAUGUCUUUUUUCAAUUUUUAAUAAUGAUUUAUUAUUUUUGACAAAAACUGUUGCAGAUAUAUUGUCUGAGUUCUUAUUCACAAUGUAUAUAAAUAUUUUUAAUGAGUGAGAAUUUUUCUAGGUCUCACUUGAAAGCUUCAAUAUUAUACAAUGACAAUAUAAAAAUGAAAAACCUAAAAAUAUGAAAAUACUUUGUUUAUAUAAUAUAUAUCCUCAAAAUACCUGCGUGCGUGUGUGUGUCUUUUUUGAUAAUUUGAUUGUCAAAAAGAUUUUUUUUUUAUUAUUAUUUAAAUAAAGUUAAAAUUUAUUGAUAAAAUAGCCUAGUGAGAAAAUUAUUUUACUUAAAAUUUUAAAGUACUACUUAAGUUCCUCUUAUUCUUAAGUUAUUAUAUUACUUAUACAAUAUAAACAGUAUUACAAUAUAUUGUCUUAAUUUUUGAAUAAACAUAAGUGAUGAUUUGUUUAAAUCCAAAGAAUUUUUAAUUUGAACUUUGUUUAAAAUUUCACUCAAAAAACGAUUCACCGGUAAAAUUUUAAUUUUUAAUUUUAAAUAAACUUCAGCAUAGAACAAUUUAAAAUACAGUGACAAUAAUUAUGGAUUUUUAAAAUAUUUUAUUUGUAAAUAUUCCUUUUUUUGUUUUUUAUUGUAAAGUUCAGUUUCGUAAAAGUAAAGAAUUUUUAAAUGGCUAUUUUACCAAUAUUAGAAUAAUAGAAAAUCCAGAAUUGUAAAAAUGCAUCAGCAUAAUUCUAUUACUAGAUAUAAAUAUAUAUUUAAAUCUGUUAAUAGUCGAUUUGCUUGUGAAGCAAAUUUCGAUAUUACAUCGUUAGUUUGUAUGUAUUGUAAACAAUUAUUUAUUACUCCAUAAGGCUGUUAUAAAGAAAAGAAAAAAAAAAGAAAAUGAAAAAAAAGUGGAUUCAUUUUAAGAAAUCGUCUCUCCCCAAGUGUUGAUUACAAUAUUUCUCUGCGUAUAUGUGACAUUCUAUUUAUAUGAAAAAAAAAAUAGUUUAAUAAGUCACGUAUGAGAAAAUAUGUUUUACAUUAUAAAAAGUAAUGAAAUUAAUUCAAUUUUUUCUCCUAGAAAAUGAAUUAAUUCGUUAUUUUACUUGUAUGUUUCUUUAUUUCGUCUGUUGUACUUGAUAAAUAUAAAUAUGCUUUUAUAAAUAUAGUAUGUUUGUGAAUUUUAAACAGAAUGAAAAAUAAAGUUGCCAAAAUGGGUUAAUAGUCA